AUGCUCCAUCGUCCGCGAAAAGCUUCGUCGCCCACGAUGCAAGCUUUUAUCGUUGUUGUCCUCUGGUCCAAGGUCCGCUGCCUAGUCAAAGAUGAGACUGGUAACAGCUUCGCUCACGAAGCCGGAGUGUGGGUCCAACCAUUGAACGAGGUCUGGUUCACGUCCAACUUGUUCUCGCAAGGGUUGACAUCACAAACAGAAGGUCUUGCAAGGAUGCGCGUAGAUAUCAGUGCAGUCAACGUCAGUACCGGGGGGGGAUUUGUCCUGUUCUGCGAUCAAGGUGGAGAUAUUGAGCAAUCCUCGAAGCUGAUUCUCGUCGACCCUGAAAAUCCCCACAGGGCACAGAAUCUGAUCAACAACUUCUAUGGACGUCAAUUCAACGCACUAAACGAUGUGAUCGUCCUCCCACCUCCACAUGGGCGACAUGCAGAGUUUGUCCAAAGUAGCGAUGACAUCGAGUCUCGUCAAGAACUCCCCAAAGGUUCCACCAUCUGGUUCUCUACAUAUGGAUUUGAGCAAUCAUUCAGACCAGCUCCUCAGCUACCUUCACAAGUACACGCUUUGGACCCUCACACAGGUCGCAUCAAAGUUGUGGCCGACCGUUUUGACCAUCCAAACGGAAUAGCUUUCAGUCCCGAUGGCUCAAUAUGCUAUAUCACGGAUACAAGUCAUAUUCACGGGACGAUUAAACUGGACCCCCAUCUGCAGAGUACCAUAUACGCCCAGCAGAAUAGACGAGUCUUGCCUUUUGCAGAUACGGGAGUACCCGAUGGGAUCAAAUGUGACGUGAUAAGGAAUGUUUACGCCGGAUGCAGAGAUGGCAUACACGUAUGGAAUGAUUCGUACGGUACACUGAUAGGAAGAAUAGUACUGAGAGCUGCAGAUAGCAACCUGGGACUUGGCUGUGCCAACUUCUGCUUCAUACCGGGAGGGAAGUUGGUCUGUUUCUCCGAAAAUAGAGUUUAUCUAGUUGAAGGUUUGAAAGUAUAA